CUCACGCCUCAAAAGCCAGCCCAAACCAAACGCGCUCAAACUCAUCUCUUUCUAUCAUUAUUCUCUCUAGCAAUCAUCCUAUAUCCACUGUGCAGUCCCUAGAGAGGGAAAGGAGGGACGAAAGCCUUCUGUAGGCACAUGCUUCUCUUCCUUGUGACCUUGUUUGCCUUGGGAAUACAAUUUCUAAAGACAAAUUACAUUUGAGGAAGAGGACAAGGAUGCGUCGGUGGCUUUGUUGUAGUCGUCACGUGGAAGACUCAUACCCACCACAUGAAAGUGAGCACCUAAAGAGCCCUUAUGGCGAAGAUGACCAAAGAGACUCAAGAAUGUCAGCUCCCGUCAAACAUGAAGCACCAAAGUCUGCACCACCACCUAUUGAAGUGCCAGCAUUAUCUUUAGAGGAGCUAAAGGAAAAGACUGACAACUUUGGGUCAAAGGCUUUGAUUGGGGAAGGAUCUUAUGGAAGAGUGUAUUAUGGAACCUUAAAUAAUGGAAAAGCUGUUGCUGUCAAAAAGCUUGAUGUUUCUUCUGAUGACCAAUCAAAUGUUGAUUUUUUGACCCAGGUUUCCAUGGUAUCAAGAUUGAGGCACGAGAAUUUUGUUGAGUUGCAUGGUUACUGUGUUGAGGGAAAUAUGCGUGUAUUGGCAUAUGAGUUUGCAACUAUGGGCUCACUUCAUGACAUAUUGCAUGGUAGAAAGGGAGUUCAAGGGGCACAACCUGGGCCAACUCUUGACUGGAUGCAGCGAGUUAGAAUUGCAGUAGAUGCAGCAAAAGGAUUGGAAUAUUUGCAUGAGAAAGUUCAACCAUCGAUUAUACAUAGAGAUAUCAGAUCGAGCAAUGUACUUAUUUUUGAAGAUUACAAAGCAAAGAUAGCUGAUUUUAACCUUUCCAAUCAGGCCCCUGACAUGGCUGCACGCCUUCAUUCUACUCGAGUUUUGGGAACAUUUGGUUAUCAUGCCCCAGAAUAUGCAAUGACUGGCCAAUUGACACAAAAAAGUGAUGUCUACAGUUUUGGUGUUGUUCUUCUUGAGCUUCUCACAGGAAGAAAACCUGUUGAUCAUACAAUGCCUCGUGGACAGCAAAGUCUUGUUACAUGGGCUACGCCAAGACUUAGUGAAGAUAAAGUUAAACAAUGUGUAGACCCCAAAUUGAAGGGUGAAUAUCCCCCCAAAGGGGUUGCUAAGCUUGCCGCUGUUGCAGCACUGUGCGUGCAAUACGAAUCCGAGUUUAGGCCAAAUAUGAGCAUCGUUGUUAAAGCCCUUCAACCACUUCUGAAGCCUCCUGCUCCUGCCCAAGAAUCUUGAAGCAAAGAAGCUUUUGCAAAUGCCAUCUCUCCUCUUGGUGUUCUCUGCUCUUGUGCACAGUUUGAUUCCAACUACCUUGUGAUUACAUCAGAUGCUGCAAUAUAUAUAUAUAUAUAUAUAUAUUUUCCAUGAGCUUGAAUUUUUAGGUUUGGAUUGACCUGUUUCACAUCUUUGCCAGAUUUCCAUGUACUUCUCCUAAUCAUGAACCCAGACGCUUAUAGAUCCAUAAUGCCAAGAACAGGUUUGGGUUUUGUGGUAGUAUCGUCUCUGAAUUUUGAUAUCCUUUUCAUUCAAGGAUGAUCUACCCCUUCUUUAUAUCAAUUAUUAUCAUGUUGUAAUUUUUUUUUUUUUUAAGCCUUUGAGGGAUGUUCAAUGUCUGCUAGAAGAAGCCGGCACUAUUCUGGCAUCAUUGGUCGAGUGUUUCAUUCCUCCUUCGAAGUGUAUAUUGCUGACUAUUGGGGUCCGUAUGUCUGCAAUAAUCAGAAUUUAAUAAAAUUUUUUGUCCCGCAUAUGUAUAUCCAUUUAA